AUGGCACCCACCCCAACCCCACCCACCCCCCCCACCCCCCCAGCGAGGCCCACUUCGGCCCGCGCGCACCCCGACUUCGCCUCCGGCUUAUACGGCCCGGAUAGUCCGGUCCCGGCGGAGUCUUUACGAAUCGGGGUCCGGUUCCCCCCUCCUCCCUCCCUCCCUCCCUCCCUCCUCCUCCUCCUCCUCUUUUCCCCCCUCCCUCUCAGAACGGCCAAAGCGCGGGAGCAGCGCGCGCCCUGCGGGGCACACCAUUCCCCUCAGGAGAGUAAGGGGGACAAGGGAAAAGGAAGCGGGGCCGGCAGCUCUCACCGCCUCUUCCCUGGGGCGAGGGGCGCGGAGGCGGUUUCCUCGCAUACCCCGCUUCUAAGAGAAAACCAGUGGCCCCGGGACCAGCCCUCUCACCGGCGGGACCCGAGGGCUCGAAUAGCCUCACCACCCCCACGUUGGGGCAAGAGUGAGCAGAUCCCGGGGAAAGGGGGUAGGGCAGCCCCUCCCAUCAACACACGUUCCCUCACACACUCACCCUGGGCAGCGCAGGCGCGGGGCGGAAGGGGCGGAGCGCCGGCGGGGGCCCGCGGGGGUCAGGACCAGCCCCGCUGUCAAGCCCGGGCUGGGGUGGAGGUGGAGGUGGAAAUGGAAAUGGAACAGUAGGAGGAGGUUAGGUAGCAUUUGGGGCCCGGGACCUCGGCCCAUUGGGUUGGGUUCUCCAGCCAGGACUUGGAACAUCCGUGCACUUCUGGCCAGCCCCGAUCGCUAACCGAAGCUCCCGAGCCGCCGAGACCCACAAGGAGUGAUUAGGAAAGUGGGGUGACCCAAAAGGAGCACCAACGUAGAAAACUCAGAACUUGAGGUGGCACGGACGGAUCGUGAUGUGUACAUGAAGUCUGCACUGCCGUUGUAAAGAAACGCUCUCCCUCUAGGCACCCAACGCGGAGAAGGGACCUACCUACACGAUUCGGGAUAGCUUUGUAUGCUUAAAUCUCUGCCGAUUAAAUUUCCAUCUUUUUUUAGUUGCAGUUUAAAUAACUGGGGAACAUGAGCUCGUAGAACAUAAUUUCUUUUGAGCAAGGAUUGUUUAAUUUUUUUUUCUCUUAAUUUGUAAGUGUAAUAAAUUUUUGCCUUGUGGAACUAAGAACAA